AUGGAUGUUGAUGCGGAAAGUGCAGGGGCUCGACAUCUUUUGCCAAAACGAAAAGUUCAGCAGUUAGUGGAUCAAAUAGAUCCAAAAGAGAGAUUAGAGCCUGAAGUUGAAGAGAUGCUUCUCGAAAUUGCAGACGAAUUUAUUUCGUCAGUGGCCUCAUUUGCGUGUUUGUUAGCUAAACAUCGCAAAUCGGACACGUUGGAGGUAAAAGAUCUUCAACUUCAUCUGGAACGAAACUGGAAUAUACGUAUUCCUGGCUUCGCGUCCGAUGAAAUUAGGUCGGUCAGGAAGCCUGUCGUUUCCGCCGGCCAUCAACAAAAGCUUGCGGCUGUAGCACAAGCAAAGGCUAACAAAGCCAUGACAACUGCUACUGGCCAGCCCAUCUAA